UUUGUUUUCACCACGGGAGGCAGAGAAGAGCUGUUUGACUUCACAUCUGCAAACUACACGCUUAAAGAGACUUUGCUGUGGCGCAAGAAGUUUUGGAUUACAUUAACAAACAAGAUGAAGUGGAAACCAAAGUGCUGUUUCCUCUAUGCCAUGUUCUUGUGUGUGUUUGGAGCUGGAUCCAAUGAAGUGAUCACAGAGAGCCCUCAUAAGAGCCCAGAUGAAGAUGAUACUUCUAUACAAGAAUUACACCCCCCGUCUGCCCAGACCACUGCCCAGACAACACGAGAGACCAAUUUCUUGCGUGACUUGGACACACAGCAGGAGGACUCAACCACCAAUGCUCCUCACCCCACAACGAUUUUACAAAUUCAUUUUAAAACUACUGAAUCCUCAACUUUGGCACCUCCAACGACAGAAACACCAAAAGGUAUGGAGAAAUUCCCUUUGGAUGUGUUCUCACUUGAGGAGCGGAAGAGAGGCUGGGUGCUUUUACACAUCACUGGAGUCCUGUACAUGUUUGUGUCACUUGUAAUACUGUUGGAAGAGUUUUUUGUUCCUGCACUGAGAGUUAUCACAGAUAUUUUUGCCUUAUCUAAUAGUGUGGGGGGAGCAACCAUCAUGGCUGCUGCCAGUUCCACCCCCAGAUUCUUUGCUUCCUUCAUGGGCUUGUUCCUGUCAGGGGAAAAAGCAGGGAUCAACAGUAUAGUGGGGUCAGCGGUCUUCAACAUUAUGUUUGUGAUUGGGAUGUGUGCGCUGUUUUCUCGGGAGAUGCUGCAUUUGACCUGGUGGCCGCUCUUCAGAGAUAUGUCCUUCUACAUCAUGGACCUGAUCCUCCUCAUCGUCUUCUUCCUGGACAAUGUGAUCGUGUGGUGGGAGAGCCUGAUGCUGGUCGGGGGCUACUCUCUGUAUUUGGUCUUUAUGAAGUUCAAUGUGCAGAUUGAGAGGUUUGUCAGGGGACUUCUGCACAAACACAGAAGCACAGUUAUCGCUAUGAACGAACAUGGAAAGGAAACAGUGGGAGAUGGGUCAGACGAAGCUUCUAGAAACCACAACGGGAGCCACAAAGACAUCAGACGCUCCGCCUCUCACCCGGAGGAGGCGGAAUCCAGGGCGGAGCUGGUGAAUGAGAGCUCACCUCUGUCACUGCGGUGGCCCGGGUCCAGGUGUGGCCGAGGUCUGUACCUGCUCCGGCUCCCGGCUCUGCUCCCUCUGUGGCUCACUCUACCUGAUGUGCGCAAACAGGAAUCCCGAAAGUUUGUUGUUCUGUCUCUGCUGGGGUCCCUGGUGUGGAUGAACGUGUUCUUGUACCUGAUCGUGUGGUGGGCACAUACGGUGGCAGAGGCAGUGUUUGUCCCAGAGCACAUCAUGGACCAGCUCACUGCACAGGUGAACCUUCCCGUCCUCAUCACGGCUCUGAUUGCGGCUCGCCGAGGUCUGACUGACACGCCAACCUCCAUCGCUUUAGGGAGUAACAUCUACGAAAUCACUCUGGGACUCCCUGUGUCGUGGCUGGUCUUCUCUGCGGUCAGGGGUUGGGCGGCCCUGGACGUCAGCAGCACUGGACUCACCUGCUUCAUUUCAUUGUUUUCCUUGGCGCUCCUCAUCUUCAUCGUUUCUUUUGCCUCGUGUAAAUUGAAGAUCAGGAGGAUGCUGGGCUUCACCUUGGUGCUGCUUUACUGUCUCAUGUUUUUACUCAGUGCAAUGCUAAAACACCAGGAUGUUUUCAGGGAGUUUUGUGAGAGGCUCAGUGCCUGAAGUUUGGCUCAUUUUUAUACCUGGCUCAGAUCUGUCUCCAUCUUCAAUUUUACAUUUUUUUUUCUAUAUUCACUGAAAGA